GUCGAUCAGGGCGGCGGGCGCCGUUCGGUUGUCAUGCGGAAAAGCGGCGAGGCCGCCGUUGUUGCGUUGGAGGGGAAGCGGGCGGCCGUCCGUCUCUCCCCGCGCCUCAGGUUUUCCCGGGUACUGGAAAAUACUGUUGGAGCACAAUGUCCCUCGACUUUGAUAGUGGAGCACUACAAACUCAACACGAAGAUGAAGACUAUGAUCAAGAGGACUAUGCGAGAGAACAAGAGUUGCAACAGCUGUUGACAGACCUUCCCCAUGAUAUGCUGGAGGACAGUGGAGACCAGCUCUCCAACUAUUCAGACUCAAGCAUUCAUGAAACUGAGGAGCAAUCACAGGAAGCUCGAAAGCCUGAUGGAAGGUGGAAUGAUCAUCUACUGAUAAAUGAUGCUCAAAAUGGUUAUGAGCAAGGACAAAAUCUGUACCCUGACCAAUUCUUGUGUGACCAGCAAAAUGACCACGUUGAAAAACAUGCCAAGAAUUGGAAUGGCCUACAUAGCAGUGAACAGAUGAAACAUUUAUAUGAUGUGAAAGAAGAUUACUCUGGCCAAAACAGUCAAGAGGAUCCAGAUGAUAUCUAUCUUGAUAGAGAUGGAUUUAAUGCUCCAGGUUGCUACCAACAGAGCAAUUUAUAUCAUCUUCCUGAGAACUUCAGACCAUACACUAAUGGCCAUAAUCCAGAAUUUAACAGUCAACAGAAUCAAAUAAUAAACUUUCCUGAUGCUCCAAAGGAACAUCUUAAGCAGCCUUUUGUUACAUCUGAAGUUGUUAGUGGCCAGUCAGCAGAAUCUUACAAAGUGAUGUAUAAACCAUACCAAAAUGAUGUUCAUAAAAAAAUUCCAGUAACCCAAGAAGGAAUGAGAAGAAACGAAGUGUUUGAAGAUUUGCAUCAUGAAUUCUCAGGCAAUGAUGAAAAUUCUUCAGAGAACAUGCAGAUUCUUCAACUUAAAGCUCUAAAUAAAGCAAGAGAGAGACGAGUGGAAGAACUUAAUGAAAAGCUAGAAAAGAGUGCGCAGCAGAUUAGGUAUUUGAGUCAUCAGCUUUCAAUGGUCACAGAUGAAAAGGAUGGUUUGGCUGUUAGUCUUCAUGAAUCUCAAAAACUCUAUCAGAAUGGAAAAGAACGGGAAGUGUACCUUGAAGGCCAAAUAAAGGCGCUUGAAACUCAAAUUCAGACUCUUACUACCAAUGAGGAGCAGAUACUGAAGCAAUCCAGAGUGGCAGAGGUAGCCAUGGAAAGCAUGCAGAAGCAGCUGUUAGAACUUCAGCGAUCAGACACUCUUCAGCGAGCCAGAGAACAGCACGAUGCUAUUGUUACAGCACUCAAACAGAAGCAUGAGAAGCAAGUAGUAUCAUUAGAGCAGAAACUCGAUGCGACAAAAUCUGCACUACAGGAGCAGAAAGAGCUUUGCCAAAAUCUAGGAGAGCGUGUUAAGGAACUUGAGAAAAUGCUGGAAGAAACCAAAUGUGAGAAAACUGAAAUAAUAAAUCGAUUGACAAGAAGUCUUGAAGAAAGCCAAAAGCAGUGUGCAAACUUACUGCAAACAGGCUCGAUACAGGAGGCAAAUCAGUUACGGUUUCAGUUGCAACAAGCUCAGUCCGCACACACGAUAAGCAAUGACCUGAACAAGGCUUUGCAGGAAGAAUUAAGGGAACUGAAGGAAGAAAUAACUUUGUAUGAAUCUGCUGCCAAACUUGGAGUAUUUUUGAAUGAUGCAGGUGGAGAGCUGCAUACGAACCUCAGUGAUUCCUGUGUAGAUUUGGGGAUUAAAAAAGUCAGCAAGAAUAACUCAAGGUUCUGCAGCAUAAUACAGAACAGAGACAAGGAUAAAGAACUCUCUAAAGACGAAAUUAUUGUAGAAUUAAAAGCUGAACUGGAACGCUUAUUGAGCAGUAAUAAAAUGAAGAGAAACCAGAUUACUCAAUUACAAAAUGAUCUUAAAGAUUGCCAGAAGAAGUUAGAGGAAUUCAAGCAGUUGCUGAAAGCAGAAAAAGCAUCAAAAGAGUCGGAGCCAGUGACAAAUCAAAAUGAUGCUUUGGUGGCCAGUCCAUUAGUUUCUGAUAAUCUUAAGGAAGAAGUUUUGAGACUCAGAAAGGCAAAUGAAGCUUUGCUUAGAGAAGUUCAGAAUCAUGCUUUGACUAUUGAAGAACUGAAAGAAAAUGAGAAAAAACUGAGAAGCUCAAACCAGGAUCUCUGCUGUCAGAUGAGAAAGAUGGUUCAAGAGUUUGAUGAGGAUAAACAAGAAGCCAUUGACAGGUGUGAAAGAACAUACCAGCAACACCAUGAGGAUACAAAAGCCCAGUUUGAGAAGGACAUGAUGCAGAGGUAUGCUGCAGAAAAACAGCAGCUUAUUCAAAGUUAUGAAGAGACAGUCUUGCAGCUGAAGGCUACCAUAGAGGAGCUGAACAGAGAGAUGACCACAGUGAAGGAAUGUUACAUAGCAGUCUGUGGUGAGAAGGACACCUUGGAAACUACUUUAAGACAGACGUUUGCACAUGAGCAGCAGAUGAAAGAAGAUAAGCUCAAGAAACAGCUUAUAGAAGAAAAAGAAGAGUCACUUAAAAUUCUGAGAAGUGAGCUUGAGGAGAGAUACAAUAAUUCUAUUACUGAAGCAAAGAGGCAGUGGGAGAAAGAAAAAGAAGUGCACAUUGCAAAGGAAGUUGCAUUUGCUAAAGUGCAGUGGGAAAAGGAGGAAAAGGAGAAGAAAGAAGACGUCAUUGCGAAGAUAGAAAGACAAUGGCAAAAUAGACUGGAAGAAAUAAAAAAAACUAUGUUUGAAUGUAAGGACUGCAGCAGCCAAACAGAUAGAGUAACAUGUGUGAGUGAUGCUUCAACUGAAGAGUUAGCAAGGAUUGUUGAGGAUCAGAAGCUGCAGAUCCAGAAGGCUCUGAAAGAAAAAAAGGCCUCUGAAGAGGCCUUAAAAGAACUUGAAAUAGAACUUGAAAGUAAAUACCGUAAACGUCUUGCCAGCCAGGUUGAAGCAGCUUUAACCCAAGCACAUGCCAGAUCACUGCAGGAAUUAACAGACCUCAAGGAGUACGAGUUGGCUUUGGCUUUUUCUUCUGAUGAAUUAAAAUGGAAGAAGGAACGUGAGUGUACAGAGCAGUCCGGAUCGAUAAUUCGAGAACUUGAGGAAAAAGUAGUUUCUCUCAAGAAAGAGUUGGAGCUAAAGGAAGAAGAAAUCCCUGUGACUAUCAAAGCAGCAGUAGCAAAAGCCCGUGCUCAGUGGAACAAAGAAAAGCAAGAAGAAAUUGCACAAAUACAAGAGCAAAAUGAGAGAGACUACAGAUCGUUCUUAGAUGAUCACAGAAACAAGAUUAAAGAGGUACUUGCAACAACAAAGGAGGAUCUUGCAAAGCAGGUGAAUGAUCUUUCUGCUCAGAAGGAGGCAGAAAUGAAGAUGAUACUAGACCAAAAGCAGCGAGAGUGGGAGGCUCAGGAAACAAAGAGACUUCAGGAUGAAAUUAAUCGGUACGAGGAGAAGACUCUGAUUGAGCUUGAGUGUUUGUUGAGAGAAGUCCACGAAGAGCUAGUUAAAAGCACCUAUAGUCAGCAUUCUUGGGAGGAGAGAGAUCCUGAUGCUUCUGUUGAAUUAAAUCAUCAGCGCAAGGACAAACUGAAGGCAUGCUUACAAAAGGCCUACAGAAGGACAGUUCACAAAAUUCUGGAAAAGCAUGAGCAAGAGUGGAAAGAGAAGAAUGAAGAGCUACUGAAUAAUGCAAAUAAAGAAGUGUGCUGCUGCAUGCAAGGAGGCGAUGGAGAAACUGGGGACAUGGCAAGAUCUCCUUUGUACAACACUGGACAGCAAGCAGAAACACAAAGAAGGCUGAGGAGACGGCAUAGAAGUGGAACAGAUGGAGUUGAGCAAGGUGCAAAAAAGGACCUCUGGUCUCAGGAAGUUUUGUGCUGUAAACACUGCAGCCAGGAGCUGGAAAAGAAAGAGACUGUGUGCCAGGACUUGAAAAGAGAGUUGGAGACAGCUCGCAAGCGUCUUCAUCUCUCUGUGAGGGAGCAGAGAGCAAUGUCAGAGCAGGUCCAAGAAAACAAGAAGCUUGUGGAAUCUCUAAUCGCAGAAAACACUGAGAUGAAGGCUAGACUGAAAGACGUGGGCACAUCACCAAGGUUGCAGUCCAAGGGAAGUGUCUCAAAAGCCUGUUCAUCCUGUGGCUCUGUGAAAGGACUGGAAGAAAUGCGUGCUCAGUACAUUAAAUCUGUGAGCAAGAUAAAGAAGCUGUCCCUGAUGAAGUGUGUUCCUGUAGGUGAUAUGCUGUGUUAUAUCCGUGAAAGUAAGGAGAGGGCUGCUGCAAUGAUUAAAGCGGAGGUUCUCAGGGAGCGCCAGGAGACGGCACGGAAAAUGCGGAAGUACUACUUGACGUGUCUUCAACAGCUUCUUACUGAUAAUGGGAAACAGGAAGGUGCAGAGUCUGGAGAUCUUCAAUUUUUGUCAUGUUCUCUGGUUAUCGGCAGAGCUGAAAAGAAAAUAAUGAAUGCUGCCAGCAAGCUUGUUACAAUGGCUAAAGGACUGGAAACACCUCUUCGACACACACUGCAGUGCAGAACUACCCGCUCAGCUCUGCUCUUAAAUUCUGACCUGCCAACUGGAGUGGAAUACGCAAAAAGAGAUUGCCUGUCUCAGACUAGGCCAAACCAUAUGGAAAACAAAUCUUGUGGCAAAAAUACUACUGAAGAAGCUAAUGAUAAAGUUGUUCGGAAAUAUGUACCACGUGACUUGAGACAACAAUUUGGUGCAAGACAGACUGAAACACAACAUAUGCUUCAUGAAACAGAUACUUCAGAUAUUCAGAAUAGUAAUAUUUGUAAACAUCUAGUUAGUGCUGGAAUAGAUGGGCUGUCAAAGAUUCUUCCAAAUGUAGAUGGAAGGAAAGAAAAAUACAGCCCCCUCGUAAACCUGGACAAAGAACUCUUGUGUGCAACUAGUAAUUUUGUGCAUCCGAAUGUCCCUCCAUUUGCUUGUCAAGGACAGUUAGAAAAUAUAGAUGCAGCCAGACUUAAAAAUGGCCCUGCCAUCUCAGGGUCAACUCAUCACAUGCUUAAGAGUAAAAAUGAAAGAACAACCUUGAAAGUAGAUAAAUGUAUCCUCUCACAUGGGACCUGGCAAACUACGUAUGAAAGAAUUCAGGACUUUGAUUUUCACAGAACUCCUGAGAGGGAUGAAGGAAGCUGCAGUGAAUGGAGUUCUGCGAGUGGGAGUUUGCAUCUGGAUGGUUCUGAUAAGUCCGCAGUGUAUCCUGAAGAAAAGCCCAGUACUAAUGAACAGAGGCAGAGUGUGUACUGUGAAGAAUCAUUUUCUGCUGGAGAUGAAAAUUUUGGUACUUCUUGGAGAGAGCUCACUAAUGGCAAUGUCAAAAAUUUCAAUGUAAAAAACAGCCCUAUAGUUUACAAUAGAGACGAACUGAGGUCACACUCAGAUCAUAUUUCAUCUCUUGGGCCUGACAAAACAAAUUCUGCCAACACAAGAACUAAUACACUGCCAAUCUGAAAUACAGGAGAAUGCUGCAACAAUACUUCGAAAGGAAUGGCAUGGGAUCCCCAGUCUCCUUAGCAAGGCACUGAUUCUCAUAGCCCACUUUAAGUAAAAAAUAAAAAAAGAAAACAACUUGAACCAAUAUUAGUGAUAACACAUUUUUUUUCCCUUUCAAGUGAGUAUAAAUGUAAGUGUGAAGAAAGGAAGUUACCCAGUUUUACUGGGUCCAUUUCAUGACCUAUGUUACAGUUUGAGACUGUUGCAUGAAGAAACUCUAUGCGAUCACUUGAAAUAUUAAUGUACACUUUUGUUUACCUCUGUAACAAUGCUUUCAUAGCUGUUCAUAGUGUAUUAUGUGCUUUUAUUAAAAAUCUAUUUUUUUAUUAAA